AGAGGGACCAAUAAGGGCUCUAAGUUCAAAAGACUGUAAUUUUCUGUAAAGGAUUAAACGGUCCAGGCUUUACAGGACUAAUAUCAAAGAUUCGUGCUUCUCUGAUACAUUUACGGCUCAUCGGCAAAGAUCGUCAAACGGAUUUAGAGUUCUUUAAUGAGUUUGAUGAUAAUUGCGAUGGAUGAGUCAUAUUGCUAAAAAAUAAUCAAAAAUCUUUCUAUCAUAAAUUAAACAACGUGAUUUAAAAUUAGUUUAAUGUCGAUAGCAAGUCCUUGUUUUGAAGCAAAGGCAAGAACCAGAGCGUUUAGCUUUGAAUAACCAAGAAACGGAGGCGAGCUUAAAAACAUCCAAUCUUCCCCACGGAACCUGAAUGCAGCACGCGCUGGGUUGACGGAACGGGACAACAUGGCUGCCGCUUCGGGCCGCUACCACGGAGACGGCGGCCGAGCAUCGAAAAGACUGAAAACGGAGGACGGAGGGAUGACAACGGAGAGCUACGAUGAUCCGCACAAACCGCUGCCCUCCCCGGUGGUGCACAUCAGGGGGCUGGUGGAUGGAGUCAUGGAGGCGGACCUGGUGGAGGCCCUGCAGGAGUUUGGCGCUAUAAGCUAUGUGGUCAUGAUGCCCAAGAAGCGGCAGGCCCUGGUGGAGUACGAGGAUGUGAACGCUUCCUGCAACGCUGUGACGUACGCGGCAGAAAACCAGGUCUACAUAGCAGGCCACCCCGCCUUCAUCAACUACUCCACCUCACAAAAGAUCUCUCGUCCUGGAGACUCAGACGACACGCGAAGCGUCAACAAUGUCCUGCUUCUCACAAUCCUGAACCCCAUCUAUCCCAUCACUACGGAUGUUCUCUACACCAUCUGUAACAAUUGCGGUCCCGUCCAGAGGAUCGUUAUCUUCAGAAAGAACGGCGUUCAGGCCAUGGUCGAGUUCGAUUCAGUCCAGAGUGCCCAGAGGGCUAAAGCCUCUCUGAACGGAGCGGACAUCUACUCUGGCUGCUGCACUCUGAAGAUUGAAUAUGCCAAGCCAACGCGCCUUAAUGUCUUCAAGAACGACCAGGACACAUGGGACUACACAAACCCCAACCUGAGUGGCCAAGAUGCUGAUGGGGAAGGCAAUUGGAACAAUUCACAAGAUCCCAAUGCUAAUCCCAACAAACGGCAGAGGCAGCCGGCGCUCCUGGGGGACCACCCACCCGACUACGGUGGCCCCCAGAGCGGUUACCAUAGUUACAAUGACGAUGCCUAUGGCCCCCCGCCUCCCCAUCGCAUGAGCUCUAGUAUGGGUGGGCGGGGCCGGAGCAGCCAGCGAUAUGGUGCAGGAUACGCGCCCCCGCCUCCCGACUAUGGUCCUCACGCAGACUCCCCUGUUCUGAUGGUGUACGGCCUGGAGCCCUCAAAGAUCAACGCUGACAAAGUCUUCAACAUCUUCUGUCUCUAUGGCAACGUAGAGAGGGUCAAAUUCAUGAAGAGUAAACCUGGAGCAGCAAUGGUGGAGAUGGGAGACUGUUACUCUGUGGACAGAGCCAUCACUCACCUCAACAACAACUUCCUCUUUGGACAGAAGCUUAAUGUUUGUGUUUCUAAGCAGCAGGCCAUCGUCCCGGGACAGUCGUAUCAGUUGGAAGACAACACCAGCAGCUUCAAAGACUUCCAUGGAUCACGCAACAACCGCUUCACCUCCCCCGAGCAGGCGGCUAAAAACCGCAUCCAACACCCCAGCAACGUCCUGCACUUCUUCAACGCCCAGCCCGACAUCUCUGAGGAAACUUUCAACCAGAUCUGUGAUGAACUGGGGAUAAAGAGUCCAGCCAGUGUGAAGCUUUUCACUGGAAAGAGUGAGCGGAGUUCCUCCGGCCUGCUGGAGUGGGAAUCCAUCAAUGACGCCAUGGAGGCACUCGCUAUGAUCAACCAUUAUCAGAUGAAAAACCCUAGCGGGCCAUACCCUUACACACUGAAGCUGUGUUUUUCAUCUGUCAGUUUUGUAUGUUCACUGCAGUAUGUCGGUUCACUUCAUCUUUGAAUUUGGUUUUUAAAUAAAUUGAUAACAAUA